CUUACUUCUAUUGUUUUAAGCUUUAUCUUUUGAUAAGGUGGCAAAGAUACGAGAAAUGAUUCAAAAGAAGAAUUUUGAUGUCAAUCAAGAGAAGAUUAUGAUAGGCUCGGUAGAGGAGUUUCAAGGUCAAGAGUUCAAGGUCAUCAUCAUAUCAACUGUACGAAGCAGCCAAAACUAUGUCCAGAAGGACGUUGAACAUCGUCUCGGUUUUGUUAAAAACCCAAAGCGUUUUAAUGUUGCAUUGACUAGAGCAAGAUCGCUUCUUAUUGUAAUUGGUAAUCCAAUGAUAUUGGAAAAUGAUGACAACUGGAAGAGUUUUCUAGACUACUGUGAAUCUAAUGGCGGGUUUAAAGGUCAACGAGGUCAUUUGAAACCAAGGGAGCGGUCAGAAAACGAUUCUGAAAAUUUAGAAUUCGUCCAUGACGAGCUUGCUAGUGUACGGUCACAGAGUGAAGAUCCGGGAUGGGUGAAUCGUGACUAGGACAACAGCGAUGCUUGUCAUGGGUGUUAAAAUCGCCAUCGUAUCGACACAAGAAAAGCUGCUUAUUUCAAAUUCUUCAUUUGUCAUAUCAAGGUAACCAAAAGGUCUGAUGAUGACAAUCACGGUAGCCUUUGUACUUCGACAGACUUUAUCCAACUGACAAUUUUUAGCCAUAAGAUAAUGAUUUUGUCCGUUGGGUAUCAUUAACCACUGUUUGGAACAACUGGUUCCUGACUGAGUGCUAAGCUGUUAGACAGCUAGAUGUUUUGGAUUCUUUAUGUUGGAGUAAACUGAAUUGGAUAAAAAAAUUAAAGAGAUAUAUAUUAUGCUCAUAUUUGAUAUUUGAAAAUUUUGACAAUUAUUGUGCAGUUCAGGAAUCCAUAUUUCUUAUUUUUUUUAAUUUGAUAAUUUAUGGAUUAAGAGCAUGUAAGGUGUUUAUCUCCUGAGGAAAAUAGUGCUGAACAUGUAGUAAUUUAUUGUAAAGGUAGCAAAAUGUAAAUAAAGUAGUAUAUUUCGACUUCCAUAUAAAAUACUUAUUCACUAUAAUUAAACCAAUUGCAAACAUUACAAAAUCAGCAAUAGAUGGUUUACAUAAUCAGCAUAAUUAGUCAGCGUCUUUAAAUUAUUUUGUGGAAACUGUACCAAAAAGUAAAAAAGUUUUGAGAAAUAAAAAAGAUAGCAUUUCUAAGGCAUAAUACCGGUAAAAUGUAUAAAUUUGUGAAAUAUUCAGAACUUUUACAAUAUAAUCUUAGCUAUUGCGUUAACGUAAAUUUAGGUGUAUGAAUCAUAAAGCGGCCAUCAGGUUUUCUAAAAGUUAUAUAUGUUAUUUUUUUAAGGUAAGUCGUUUCGAUCUUCUAUUUUUAGCAACGAACGUCACUGGCACGUUAUAAAUAUCUCUCGGGACGCUGCUUUGAAAGGCUUAAUUGCAGUGAUGUGAUGCGCUUUUCUAAGAUAAAUUACUGAAAAUACUUAGUUUUUUCCAACAGAAAAUUUUGCCGCUUUAUAUUAGGAAGAAAUUUUAAGAAGCUACGUUUUAAACAUAGUAUUUUGGAAUGGACACUCAUAACCUUUAUUGCUAUCUGCCUAAUCCCAAAAUGUAUUUUGUAAAUAUUGUUCGCAUGCUAAAUGUUAUGUUGAAUAAAUAUUUGUAAACCAAUUUUUCUAUUGCUAUUACACUUACUAACCUUAUUACUUUGAAAAUAGAUUAACUUUGUGAAUGUUGCAAAUCUUUUGUUAUAUUUAUGUUAUGUUUCAUAUCACUUUCUAGUCCCAUUGUAUUUCAUUAUUCUCCCCCACAAACUGAAAAUGAUAUUCUUACAUUAUUUGUUGUUUUGUUAUAAUUUUUUUGUUAAUCAUGUGGUUGUUAUAUGUUAUUUGUCAGAUGCCCUUUUGGGCCUUGAAUUUAAAAAAAAAAAACACGAAAACUAAACUUGAACCGACAACCUUUAUAAAAUGAUUAUUUUAAGUUUUAUUGCAACAAUUUUCAUUUCUUCCUGACUCGAAUAUCUUUAAGGUUUCCAUUUUUUCUACAUUUUAGAUUUUUUCUGUUCACUUAUUUUGGAAUUAUUAUACAAUAUCAUGUAUCUGUGUUGCUUGUUGUUGUUUGGACCGAGGUAAAUGAAAUUUAAUUUGUUGUGUAAUUGUUAUUACUUUGGAAUUGCAGUUUCAUCUGCCUUUAAAGACUGAUUAUUUCAAGCUUUAUUUGCAACAAAUUUCAUUUCUGUGCUUGGAACCUUCUACAAUGUAUAUUUUAGAUUUUUUUUUGUUCACUUAUUUAAGAAUUAUACAAUAUCAUGUAUCUGUGCUGUAUGUGGAUGCUAGACACUUUAUGAGUUUAAAGCUAAAUGAAAUAUAUUGUGUUGUUUUUGUUACUACUUUGGAAUUGCAGUUUCAACUGCAUUUAAAAAUAGAUUAUUUUAUUCUUUACUUGAAAACAUUUUUUUAUUCCUGCUUGAUUCGAACCUUUAAGGUUUCCUUAUUUCUACAUAUUAGACUUUUUCUGUUUAUUUGUUUUUAACUUUACAAUAUCAUGUAUUUGUGUUGAUUGUUGUUGCUAGAACCUUAAAAGCUAAAAUAAACGUAUUCCGUUAUUUGUUAUUACUUUGGAAUAACAAUGAAUAAUUGGGAAUUUCAAUUUCAACUGCCAUUAAAAACUGAUAAAUGGAAAACAAUUUUCAUUUUUUUCUGAUUCGAACCUUUAAGGAUUCUAUUUUUUUUCUACAUUUUAAUUUUUAGCUCACCUGAGCUUGCUCAGGGUGAGCUUUUAGGAUCGGUGAAUGUCCGUCGUCCGUCGUCCGUCGUCCGUCCGGCCGUCCACAAUUACUUGUGAACACUCUAGCGGUCGCAUUUUUGCCUCAAUCAUCAUCAAACUUGGUCAGGAUGCUUAUCUAGUUGAAAGCUCGGAUGAGUUCGAACAUGGGUCAUCUCGGAUGAAAAACUAGGUCACAAGAGCUAAAAAUAGAAAAACCUUGUGAACACUCUAGAGGUCACAUUUUUGACCCAAUCAUCAUCAAACUUGGUCAGGAUGUUUGUCUAGGUGAUAGCUUGGAUGAGUUCGAACAUGGGUCAUCUCGGAUGAAAAAGUAGGUCACAGGAGCUAUAAAUAGAAAAACCUUGUGAACACAAUAGUGGUCACAUUUUUGAACCAAUCAUCAUCAAACUUGGUCAGAAUGCUUGUCUAGUCAAUUGCUUGGAUGAGUUCGAACAUGGGUCAUCUCUGAUGAAAAACUAGGUCACAGGAGCUAAAAAUAGAAAAACCUUGUGAACACUCUAGUGGUCACAUUUUUGACCCAAUCAUCAUCAAACUUUGUCAGGAUGCUUGUUUAGAUAAUAGCUCGGAUGAGUUCGAAUAUGGGUCAUCUCGGAUGAAAAACUAGGUCACCGGAGCUAUAAAUAGAAAAACCUUGUGAACACUCUAGUGGUCACAUUUUUGCAUCAAUCAUCAUCAAACUUGGUCAGGAUGCUUAUCUAGUUGAUAGCUUGGAUGAGUUCGAACAUGGGUCAUCUCGGAUGAAAAAGUAGGUCACCAGAGCUAAAAAUAGAAAAACCUUGUUAACACUUUAGCGGUCACAUUUUUGCAUCAAUCAUCAUCAAACUUGAUCAAGAUGCUUGUCUAGGUGAUAGCUCGGAUGAGUUCGAACAUGGGUCAUCUCGGAUGAAAAACUAGGUCACAGGAGCUAAAAAUAGAAAAACCUUGUUAACACUCUAGUGGUCACAAUUUUGACUCAAUUGUCAUCAAACUUGGUCAGGAAACUUGUCUAGGUCAUUGCUGGGAAUAAAUCGAACAUGGGACAUUUCGGAUGAAAAACUAGGUCACAGGAGCUAAAAAUAGAAAAAAAUCUUGUUAACACUCUAGUGGCUACUGUUGUGAUCCAAAUAUUCUGUUAAUUGGUCUGAAAGUUUGUUUUGAUGAUUUCUAAGUCAAGAUCGAACAAUGGGUCAUCUUGGAUGAAAAACUAGGUCACACCGCCCAAAUAUGGAAAAACCUUGUUAACAUUCUAGUGGUCACAUUUUCGACUCAAUUAUCAUCAAACUUGGUCAGGAUGUUUGUCUAGGUAAUUGCUUGGAUGAGUUCGAAAUCGCAUGUGAAACUAGGUCACCGGAGCUAAAAAUAGAAAAAUCUUGUUAACACUCUAGUUGCUACUGUUUUGAUCCAAGUAUCCUGGAAAUUGGUCUGAAAGUUUGUUUUGAUGAUUUCUAGGUCAAGUUUGAAUAUGUGUCACCUGGGUAAAAAACUAGGUCGCACUGCUCAAAUAUGGAUAAUCCUUGUUAACACUGUAGUGGUCACAUUUUUGACUCGCCUGUCAUGAGACUUGGUCAGAAUGCUUGUCUAGGUAAUUGUUUGGAUGAGUUUGAUAAUUCAGGUGAGCGAUCUAGGGCCAUCAUGGCCCUCUUGUUUUUCUGUUCAUGACUAUUUUGGAAUUAUACAAUAUCAUGUAACUGUGCUGAAUGUUGUUGCAAGACACUUAAGUCUAAAGCUAAAUUAAAUGAAUUGUGUAUUUUAUUAGUAGUAUGGCAAUGCAGUUUCAUCUGCAUUUAAAAAUUGAUUAUUUCAAGCUUUAUUUGCAACACAUUUCAUUUCUGCUUGAUUCGAACCUUUAAGGUUUCCAUUUUUGUUCCACAUUUUAGAUGUUUACUGUUCACGAUUCUAAAUCUAAAUCUGUGUAGAAUCUUUUUAAGCUUAAAGCUGAUUUGUUUGUUUGUUUGUUUCAUUUUACGCUUUUUCCCAACAGUAUUUCAGUUAUAUAGGCGGGUAGUUUCCUAACCAUCGUUCCUGGAGAGUUACACCAGUACUAGACAACCUUCCUCCGCGCUAAACUACCAAAGCAUCUCCCGGGGAUCGAACCCACGCCAGAGAGGUAAGUGGAUUGGAAGUCAUCGACUCUAACCCCCGACCACGGAGGCGGUAAUCUUAAAGCUGAAGCUGAAUGACAUGCAUUGUAUUGUAUCAUUUUGGAAUUUAUUGUUUGGGUUAUUAUUUUGUUAAUUUAUUUAUAAUGUGCCAUUACAAUUUUAAUCACUUGCUUCAGUU